GGGAUAUCUUGAAGCGGCAUGUCGUCGCGGUCGCUCGUGGACCGAGCGGCGGCACUGAACGCGGCGAAUGCAGCGGCCACCGCGCGCGGGCGAAGAGCCGCGUCGGCUGCCGAAGCCGCUUUGGCGUCCGUGCGCAGUGUGAGCGCCAUCACCGUGAGCGAGGCGGACAACGAAGACGACGACGAAGGCGAUGUGAUGGCGCUGCCCGAGAACCCAAAGGAGCUGGCAAAAGAGCUGUCGUUUUCGUCCAACUCGCGGCGGUCGAGUCAAGCCAACUGGAAGGAGACGAUCCAGAGCUUGAGUCCGCGGCGCCACAGCCGCGUGCUCGGCGAGCACCCACCAAGCUUGGUCUCGAGCUUGAAUCGUCCGAUCGCUGCUUCGAGCAAGUCCAUGUCCGAGUUUUGCGACGAGCAUAGCACGUCGAUUGCCGAUCUGCAGGAGGCUAUCAACAAGCUUGCCGCGUUGAACCGGACCACGGAAAGCGCAGUUGCCACCAUGCUAGAGAACAUCGACAAGCUCCAAGCCGACGAAAAGGAUCUCCAGCGCAAAGCGGUGCAGACGACUACGGUGCUCGAAAAGCAAAAGCACACCCAAAUGAGCCAUGAAGCCAAGUACCUCGAAGCCGAGGCCGACCUCGCGUCCAAGACGUUUGCGCUGGACGACGCCAAGCGCAGCGAAGCCAAAGCAGCGAUGGCGGCCAAAGCCAUCGAGAUCCGCCUUGAACGGGCACUGCAAGACGUGGAGAAGGUCAAGCGCGAGCUACGGGACGAGCGGGCCACAAAAGGCGGUCCUGCUGUACCCAAGGUCGACCAUGACAAAGUCCUCCGCGAUACCAAGCGGGCCGAGAAGCAAAAAAGUGAGCUCCUCGUCGCGUACAAGAAGCAAGCCAAGCUCAUCGAGGUUCUCAAGCGGCAGCGAAUCCACCUUGAAGCAGCCAAGGACUUGGAGCUCACCGAAGCAGAGUUUGCGAAAACGGUGGAUCUGGGAAAUCUCUAGUCGGUAUCUUUGGUCUCAGUCAAUACAUUUUCCUACUACGGU